UAGUAUUAGAGGUCUCUAGAGUAUUCAUGAGGCUAAGUCUUUACACUUCAACCCUUCAUUCCAUCUAGUCUAAAACAAAACAAAAUGCUAAGUACUAUGUAUCUAUUCACAAACAUGUAGCCGCAACUCAAGUUGUCAUCCAAGUUGUAUAUUAAUAUUACAUAUUUUAUAUAUAUAAUCACAUAGUAAUGUUAUUGUGAUUGUAUGUAUGUCUCUUAGAAUUUAGUUUCUUACUUUUAUGGUUGUACGGAUUUUGUGUUUUGAUUGAGUUUGUUUGAUUCAAUUUGCCGACAAUACAAAAAACAUUAGUUUGAUAUUUGAUUGGUUCUGUUGGAGAAUUCUAGUUUGGUUGGUUGAUCUAGUUGGUUGUGAAAAUUUGGAUUGUUCUUGUUGGAAAUAAUAUGGCUAACGAAGGAAACAAAAGCAAUGAUUUCUAUGCAGUUUUGGGAUUGAAUAAGGAAUGCUCUGAUUCAGAGCUAAGGAAUGCUUAUAAGAAACUUGCACUGAAAUGGCAUCCAGAUCGUUGUUCAGCUUCAGGGAAUGUGAAGUUUGUGGAAGAAGCUAAGAAGAAAUUUCAGGCAAUUCAAGAAGCCUAUUCUGUUUUAUCUGACUCGAACAAGAGAUUAAUGUACGACGUUGGAGUUUACGACAGUGAUGAUGACGAAAAUGGUAUGGGAGACUUUCUGAAUGAAAUGGUUACAAUGAUGAGCCAAACUAAAUCAAAUGAAAAUGGAGAGGAGAGCUUCGAGGAGUUACAACAGUUGUUUGAUGAUAUGUUUCAAGCGGAUAUCGGAUUAAAUGGAAGCACCUCUCUUAAUGCUUCGGGUUGCUCCACUUCAUCGACUUUCAUGACGUUCAGUGAAAGCUCGAAUUCAAAUAAGCGCAAUUCCACUCAAAUGAAUUUUGGGAAGGCAGAGGAUUCUUCUAGUUUUGGUGCAAAUUACCAGAACUUCUGUUUUGGGGUCAAUCUUGUAAAUUAUCAUUACCAAUGAAUGAGGAUACAAAACAAUGGAGUAUGGGUGGAGUAUAUAGAAGUGACAGAUGAAGCACCUUCAAGAAGAUGUGGAGAAGGAAAAAGGGGGAAUUCUAGAAGGAGGAGGUAGCAAAAAACAAAGAAAAGGAAGAAAACAAAAAAUUUCAUGUGGACAUGUUUCCUCUAAUGACCAUCCUGGUAUUUCUGCUAAUUGAUAAACUUAAUGACAUGCUAAUUCAUGUGUGUCAACCUUAGCAUUUUGGUCAUGGGAAAACUCUACAAUCUUGUGACAUGUGCAACUAAAAAGAUUAGGGGGAAGACCAUAGUUUAUCUUAGUACUAAGAAGUACUAUAGGGUAGGGAGGUCACAAAUGCCUUGGAAAAUUUGAUGGUAGUGGCAUCCUUCAAAUAAUUGACAAAUCAUUUUGGUAUUUCUCAUUUAUGAAGAUUUGUAUCAUUUCAUUUCAAGACAUUUAAUCAAAAGUGUAAUAUUUAUUUUAGUCACUUGUUGCAUUAUGGUACAAUUCUUAAUGUCAAUUUUGAUUUGAAAGGAA